UCAAUGUGUUACCUGGUGAUGUUAUGUGUAUUAUCUGUGUAAUUAUGGUCACUGAUCUGAAGUAAAACACUCAUCUAGAGGCUUUGGAACAGAAAAUCCGUUUUGGAAAAGUCUCGCUGGUUCUUGGAUAGACUGACUGUGUGGAAAGGUUGAGAGGAGCUGCCGGCGCUGGCCACUAGAGGGAGACAAAUUCCUCAAUCAGUGGUCUUUUUUGAACGUAAUGAGAUUUUCCUGAGUUUCUGAAUGGAAGAAGAGAACAGAAGGUGCAUCAAGGCCGAAGUGAUAAACAUUACCUGUGCAGUAAACCAGGUGAUAAGAAAGAGAACCAAACGUGUUUAAUAGUUGAAUAUUAUCCAGGUUUCAGACCAGAUGCAUAGCUUGCACCUGAUUUUUCUGCAGUUUGUUCUGCAGAGUAAGAAGUUCUGAUUCCUCUGAUUUGACAUCAAAUCUAUACGAGUUCUGUCACCAAUUGGUACAUGCUGAUUUUCAAGGGUUUCCUGGAAAUAUUCUGUAGUGCCCUGAUGCUCCACCUCCAUGCUGACCAUGUGAUGCAGGUCAAACAUAGACUGCCAGUGGAGGGAGGAAACCACAUUGUCUUCCUCUGACUGAGCGAACGCUGCAGAAUCUGUUUACCUUCACAGAUCCUGAUACUGGAGACACACCGAAGGGAUUUCUGAUCAGUUUUUACCUACAAUGACAAGCCUGCUGCUGGUGGGAGAUAAACUGUUGGAUAUGUGGACAAAAGGAGAGAGAGAAAAACAAUCCUGUGCGGAUGAAGAGAGGGAAUCACGGCAGCACAAACACAUUUCCCAUUCAAUCGAAGAAAUACUAAGAAGACCGAUCAGAAAAGAGGAAAGAGUUUAUCGAAACUGGUCUGUUAUUAGAGAUAACACUGAGGUACAUAACCAGCUCUCUUACACAGAUUCCUCACAGAAAAAUCAUGAAGAAUCUCCAAAAUCUGCCACAGAAACCAAAAGUCAGAAGAGGAAAAGACAAACCAGGGUGACGUUCACGUCGCUCCAGGUUCAGGAGCUGGAGGCGGUUUUCCAGCAGACUCACUAUCCAGACGUCAACGCCAGAGACGAGCUGGCCGGCCGCCUGCAGCUGACGGAGGGACGGAUACAGAUUUGGUUCCAGAACCGCAGAGCAAAGUGGAGAAAGUCAGAAACACUGAAGGAAAUCGAGGUGAUGACCAGGCGGCGGACAUGUUCAGCUACUCAUCCUCUGAUUUAUUAUGAGGAGCCGCCUUUUGACCCGAUGCGCUGGCUGACCUGCUGGACACCUGAACCGUCCAGGCUGUUUUUCAGAGCCACUCCAACACAAGGCAGCACACACAGCCACAGGACUCUCUGCUCCGACCUGUACGGGACAGAACGAUAGCCCGUCUCAUUUUUAAAAUCUUUUUUAUAUAAAAUGUUAAAAAAAUAAAUAA